UGACGCUGGCGCGGCGUGUCUGCUCCUCGUGCGCGUCAACAGCGUCCAGUUCACGUCGGAACUCACGCGCCGUCACAACAUUCUUCAGAGUGACAAAGUGAAACCGGAACUGUUCGAUGAUGGAUCGAUCACCGGCAGAUGUCCAGUCCGACCUGAAGAAGGGAAUGUCCAUCUUCAUAGAUAUUGUACGGCGAGCAGAUAAAAACGAUGAUGGCAAGCUGACUCUGGAAGAGUUCAAGUCUUAUUUCUCUGACGGAGUCCUGACGCCGGACGAGCUCAAGCAGCUUUUCCACGCCAUCGACACGCACGACACAGACAACGUGGACACUGAUGAGCUGUGUGAGUAUUUCUCGCGGCACCUCGGGGAGUACAAGAACGUUCUGGCCGCCUUGGAGGAACUCAACCUGUCCAUCCUGAGAGCCAUGGACAAGACCAAGAAGGAGUACCAGGAGUCCACCCACCUGGAGCAGUUUGUCACCCGCUUCCUGCUGAAGGAGACCACCAAUCAGCUCCACUCCCUCCAGAGCUCGCUGGAGUGCGCCAUGGAAACCACCGCCGAGCAGACUCGCCAGGAGAAACUGGGUCCUACCAAACCAGAAGUGGUGUCCAUCCAGUGGUCAGGACGUCGCUCCAAGCGCAGAUCUGACAGGAACUACAGUUUGUCCCCCAACACAACCCUCAUGGCUGUCCUCCAUCCAGGGGCUGUGGACCAGGACCACCACUGGACCACUCAAGUCACCAGACUGCAAAAACUCAUCGACCGCCUGGAACAAAAGGAGAUCCGUCUGGAGCCUGUAGAAGAAGAAGUGGUGGAGAGCAAGAUGCACAUGGUGAUGGUGCAGAGGCAGAUGUGUGUGAUGGAGGACCAGGUGGAGGACUUCCGUGUGUCCCUCAAACUUUACGUGGACACUUCCUGCACUCAGACUGGAUGUCUACACAUGGCGGUGCAGCGGCUGGCCAAUGAGGCUCGUUUCAUCCUUUAUGAGUUCUGGGAGCACAACAACAUGUGGAAGAAGCACGUACAGAACAACUACAGUAAAAGUUUCCAAAGAGCCAACGUGGACUUCCUGGAAACUCCCGAGAUUAUUACUACUAUGCUACUUCCUGCGUCUUGGUGGGUCCUCAACAACAACUGACCUUGGACAUGACCUUGAGUGUGAAUAUGACCCAUCAUAAUUCAUGUUGUCAUGGUGAUGACAUCGUUGUUUAGGCUGCAAGGAUAAACAUCAAAAGUAUUUAUGAAUAUGACUUCAUGCAUCACACAAGUGUGACUGAAAAGUGAAAUAGUUGACAUUUUUAUGUUGUUUAAUGGAGAAUAAAGAUGAUUAUUUUGUUUAUUUUAUUUUGUUAAAUGUAGAAUAAAGAUGAUUAUUUAAUUUAUUUGAUGUUGUUAAAUGUAGAAUAAAGAUGAUUAUUUAAUU